GUUGGUGGCUAAUGUAACAGUUUGCAAACGGAGGGGAGUUGUGAAGGGCGCGGGCUUGGGGGGCGCGCUGCCAGCCUCGUGGUCCGUCCGCCGCCGCGUUUGUCCCAGAGCUGGGGCCACAGGAGCGGAGGCAAGAGGGACACAAUGGCAGCCACGGUCAGGAGGCAGAGGCCGAGGAGGCUAGCCUGUCGGGCCUUGAUGGCUGUGCUCUUGGCAGACCUGUUGGCACUGAGUGACACGCUGGCAGUGAUGUCUGUGGACCUGGGCAGCGAGUCCAUGAAGGUGGCCAUCGUCAAACCUGGAGUGCCCAUGGAAAUUGUCUUGAACAAGGAAUCCCGGAGGAAAACCCCAGUGACUGUGACCUUGAAAGAAAAUGAAAGAUUCUUUGGAGACAGUGCAGCAAGCAUGGCCAUCAAGAAUCCAAAGGCUACGCUGCGAUACUUCCAGCACCUCCUGGGGAAGCAGGAGAAUAACCCCCACGUGGCCCUUUACAGAGCUCGUUUCCCUGAGCAUGAGCUGGGCUUUGACCCACACAGGCAGACUGUAUACUUCCAAAUCAGCCCGCAGCUGCAGUUCUCACCCGAGGAGGUCCUCAGCAUGCUUCUUAAUUAUUCCCGUUCUCUGGCUGAAGAUUUUGCAGAGCAGCCCAUCAAGGAUGCAGUGAUCACCGUGCCAGCCUUCUUCAAUCAGGCUGAGCGCCGAGCUGUGUUGCAGGCUGCGCGCAUGGCUGGCCUCAAAGUGCUGCAGCUCAUCAAUGACAACACUGCCACCGCCCUCAGCUACGGUGUCUUCCGCAGGAAAGAUAUCAACAGCACUGCCCAGAAUAUCAUGUUCUAUGACAUGGGCGCAGGCAGCACUGUGUGCACCAUCGUGACCUACCAGACAGUGAAGACUAAGGAUGCAGGGAUGCAGCCACAGCUGCAGAUCCGGGGAGUGGGGUUUGACCGCACCCUGGGGGGCCUAGAGAUGGAGCUCCGGCUGCGCGAGCACCUGGCUGGACUUUUCAACGAGCAGCGCAAGGGCCAGAGAGGGAAGGAUGUGCGGGAGAACCCCCGUGCCAUGGCCAAGCUGCUGCGUGAGGCCAAUCGAGUUAAGACUGUCCUGAGCGCUAACGCUGACCACAUGGCCCAGAUCGAGGGCCUGAUGGAUGAUGUGGAUUUCAAGGCAAAGGUGACUCGAGCAGAGUUCGAAGAGUUGUGUGCAGACCUAUUUGAGCGGGUGCCUGGGCCCGUGCAGCAGGCCCUGCAGAGUGCCGAGAUGAAACUGGAUGAGAUUGAGCAGGUGAUCCUGGUGGGUGGGGCCACUCGGGUCCCCAAAGUUCAGGAGGUGCUGCUGAAGGCUGUGGGCAAGGAGGAGCUGGGGAAGAACAUCAAUGCCGACGAAGCUGCCGCCAUGGGGGCCGUGUACCAGGCAGCGGCACUUAGCAAAGCCUUCAAGGUGAAGCCGUUUGUCGUCCGAGACGCGGUGAUCUACCCUAUCCUGGUGGAGUUCACGAGGGAGGUGGAGGAGGAGUCUGGGGUUCACAGCCUGAAGCACAACAAGCGCAUCCUCUUCUCCCGGAUGGGGCCCUACCCUCAACGCAAAGUCAUCACCUUUAACCGCUACAACCACGACUUCAACUUCCACAUCAACUAUGGCGACCUGGGCUUCCUGGGGCCUGAGGAUCUUCAGGUAUUUGGCUCUCAGAACCUGACCACGGUGAAGCUGAAAGGUGUGGGUGAGAGCUUCAAGAAGUAUCCCGACUAUGAGUCCAAGGGUAUCAAGGCUCACUUCAACCUGGAUGAGAGCGGCGUGCUCAGCCUAGACAGGGUGGAGUCUGUGUUUGAGACGCUGGUGGAAGACAGCCCAGAAGAGGAAUCUACUCUGACCAAACUUGGCAACACCAUCUCCAGCCUGUUUGGAGGUGGCAGCACCCCAGAUACUAAAGAGAAUGGUACUGACACUGUCCAGGAGGAGGAGGAAGGGCCUGCUGAGGGGAGCAAGGAUGAACCUGGAGAGCAAGCAGAGCUCAAAGAGGAAGCAGAGACCCCAACGGAGGACACCUCUCCGCCCCCACCCCCUGAGCCUAAGGGGGAUGCAGCCCCUGAGGGAGAAAAGGCCACAGAGAAAGACAGCGGGGAAAAGCCUGAGGCCCAGAAGCCAAGUGAGAAGGGGGAGGCAGGGGCUGAGGGUGUCCCUCCAGCGCCAGAGGAAGAAAAGAAGCAGAAGCCAGCCCGGAAGCAGAAAAUGGUGGAGGAGAUCGGGGUGGAGCUGGUGGUCCUGGACCUGCCUGACUUGCCCGAGGAUGAGCUGGCCCGCUUGGCCCAGAAACUCCAAGACAUGACGCUCCGGGACCUAGAAAAGCAGGAACGGGAGAAAGCGGCCAACAGCCUGGAAGCGUUCAUCUUUGAGACCCAGGACAAGCUGUACCAGCCUGAGUACCAGGAAGUGUCCACUGAGGAGCAGCGUGAGGACAUCUCUGGGAAACUCGGUGCCGCGUCCACCUGGCUGGAGGAUGAGGGCUUUGGGGCCACCACAGCGAUGUUGAAGGAGAAGCUGGCUGAGCUGAGGAAGCUGUGCCAAGGGUUGUUCUUUCGGGUGGAAGAGCGCAAGAAGUGGCCCGAACGCCUGUCUGCCCUCGAUAACCUCCUCAACCAUUCCAGCAUAUUCCUUAAGGGGGCCCGGCUUCUCCCAGAGAUGGACCAGAUCUUCACUGAGGUGGAGAUGACAACGUUAGAGAAAGUCAUCAAUGAGACCUGGGCCUGGAAGAACGCAACCGUGGCCGAGCAGGCCAAGCUUUCUGCCACAGAGAAGCCCGUGUUGCUCUCAAAAGACAUCGAGGCCAAGAUGAUAGCCCUGGACCGUGAGGUGCAGUACCUGCUCAAUAAGGCCAAGUUUGCCAAGCCCCGGCCCCGGCCCAAGGACAAGAAUGGGACCCGGGCAGAGCCUCCUGUCAAUGCCAGUGCCAGUGACCAGGGGGACAAGGUCAUCCCUCCAGCAGGCCAGACUGAAGAUGCAAAGCCCAUCUCAGAACCUGAGAAAGAGACUCGAUCUGAACCGGCUGACGCUGAACCUCUGGAGCUAGGGGGCCCCGCGGCAGAAUCUGAACAGAAGGAGGAGCCUACAGGACAGAAGCGAACCUUGAAGAAUGAUGAACUAUAACCCCCGCCUCCCAGUUCCCUAGUCCCCGCCCCCUUCUCUUACCACUUCUAUUUAUUAAACACCAAGGGCUGGGGGCGGGGUUGGUCCCUCCCUCAGAGGCUUAAGCUCCUCUUCUCUCACCUGUGAUUGGAAGUGUGGAGAAGGGGAAGGACGGGACAGCUCACCAGUUCCUUCUGGAGUAGUUCUGUGGUUAAAACUAAAAUUGUUCUGUUCCCCAGUCCCACCCCCUGGUUCCCUACCCACGCAGGCCCUAGUUUGGGAGAAAUCACUAUUAUGUCUUAAUUCUUUGCCUGUGGGUGGGUGAGAGGAUCCUUUCCUCCCUCCCUCCAUGAGAUAAAUGCUACACGGGCCAGUUUCUGCAGAGCCUUGGUUACCAGGGUUGGUUUCUGGCUCCUCUAAGGUUUUACCCUGAAAACCGCCGUCCCCAUGCCUCCUCCCCGUGGGUCUCCUUGGCGUCCUCUUGCAAGCUGGGCAGUCCUCUGCCUCUUGCCCAGUGCCCUUCCAUCCAGACUGCCUAAGUCUAGAUCAACUCCCACCCACACAUACAACCCCUGGUGGCCAGAGUAGGCAGGGAGAAAGUGAAGAAGGGAAUCCAGCCGCCUCUCCAGGGAGUGAGGUGCGUGAAAACCCUGCAGCUCCCCGACCUGUGGACCCUUGGGCCUAGGAAAAUCGCGUGGCGUGGCUGGCGCAGGAUGCCAGCGUGGUGCAAGCACUAUCGAAAUCCCGGUGGCCUGGUACUCCGCGGCCCUUUGACUUCCGGCCCCCGUUCUCUCCCCUGUUGUUCUGCCCUCUCAGACAGAGCCUUUCCCUCAGCCCCUGGCCCCCUGGGCUGACCAAAAUGUGCUUUCUACUGUGAGCCCCUAUCCCAAGACCCUGGGGGCAGGAGAGGCUAUGGUGUGAGUGUAAAAAUGCCACCUCACUCUCUUGGAGGCAGGCCUUGUGGGGGAAGGAAGAGGGUAUGGGCUGGCCUUUCUUUAAUGUAUUGCUCUGCUGGGAUGGGGGCCCUUUCCCCACCAGGCCAAUGUUGGGCAGCCUGCCCUCCAGGAUCUCAUCUGUAGCAGGAGCCAGGGCUGCCACCCCAGCUCCCAGGGCAAAGGGGAGCCUGGUUGUGUCUGUCUUUUUUUCCUUUUUUUUUUUUUUUGCCACAUUGGCAGAAAUGUGACCUAAGGGUCCCACCCCGUCCUAUAUGUUUGAGUUGUUUCACUAGCAGUUGAGGCUGGUUGGACAGGUUUGAGUCAAAUUGUACUUUGCUCCAUUGUUAAUUGAAAAACUGUUUCAAUAAAAUAUUCUUUUCUAUA